AAUAAAUCGUGUAUGUGUGAUAUAUUGAGAAUAUAAGAUUGUUGUUUGAGACGAAAUCCUUUGUUUUAUUACAAGCUGUAUUGUACUGUACGUCGUAUAAGUAGAAACAGUAUGUGAAUUUAAUUUUUAAUAUCCAGUUGCCGUCGUGUCUAACUAUGAAUUCGAAGAAGACUAUAACUUUCGGCAAGAUAAGCGCCAAUUUAGAUAAACUGACACCCGAGGCAUACAUCGAAACCUCUAGCUCCGGAUUCGGCACUUUCGGUAAGAAACGCGAGGAAAAUAAUGUGAAGAAAAUGGACGAGAUUAGGCCGGAGGAUGAAGAGGAAACUCGGAGUAUACAGAAGUUGAUGGGCAUUACGGGCUUCGGUAAGAAAGCCAAGUCUUUCGACGUGCAGGAGAUGAUGGAGAAUAUCACCAAGACUAUCAACAGCAAUAAAGCAAGCACAAUCGAACAAGAAAAAUCCGAUGAAGUUGCGGAAUCCAAAAAAGACGAGGUGAACGACGAUGAUGAUUUUAUUGGCCCAUCAAUACCAUCUUCGUUGCCUGUUACUUCGGAGGCAACCGAAGAUUCAAAGAAGGACGCUUUGGACGAGAACGAAACCGAUGACGAUGACGAUGACGAUAAUAAAGAAUCAUCAGACUCUGAAGAAGAAGAAGAAGUAACAUUAGGGAACAAGAUUCCUUGUUCACAUGAAGUCUCAAUGACUCAUGGCACUAAAGCGAUAAUUGCCAUCGCUGCGGAUCCGUCCGGAGCUCGAUUAGCAUCUGGAUCGGUCGACUAUGAUGUCUGUUUCUGGGAUUUCGCCGGUAUGGACACGUCCAUGAAGAGUUUUAGGACCUUGCAGCCCUGCGAGAAUCAUCCCAUCAAGUGCUUGCAGUAUUCCAUGACCGGUGAUGUGAUAUUGGUGAUCUCGGGAGCAGCGCAGGCGAAGGUCUUGGAUCGGGAUGGCUUUGAAAAAUGCGAGACCGUUAAGGGUGAUCAAUAUAUUACAGACAUGGCGCGUACAAAAGGCCAUACCGCCAGUCUGAACAGUGGGUGUUGGCAUCCGUUCAUCAAAGAGGAAUAUCUGACCUGCUCUCAGGACAGCACCUGCCGAAUAUGGAAUUUAUAUAGGCCGCGCUCGCACAAGAACCUGGUAAAGUGUAGAGCGCAAAACGGCGUGAAGACCAUUCCCACCACGUGCGCCUAUAGUCGGGAAGGCGCGGCUGUUGCGUGCGGCUGCAUAGACGGCUCAAUCCAGAUGUGGGAUCACAGGAAGAAUUUUGUGAAUCCGUCCCUCGUGUUGCGAGGCGCCCACGCACAAUCCAGCGAGGUGUCGAGCUUGAGUUUCGCGUACCUCGGGCAAAUGCUGGCAAGCAGAGCUUGCGACGACACUCUGAAACUAUGGGAUUUAAGGGCGUUCAAAGCACCAGUAUUCGAAGCUAAGGGAGUGUACUCACGUUACGAUACCACGGAUUGCAUGUUCAGUCCGGAUGAUUCGAUGAUUGUUACGGGAGAAUCUCUGAAUAAGGGAAAGACAACCGGCAGGGUGCUGUUCUAUGACAGUAAGACGUUCGACCUAGUCAGAGAAAUCCCCGUAACAAAUUCACACGUAAUAAAAACUCUAUGGCAUCCGAAAUUGAAUCAGGUGUUCGUCGGCUGCGGCAAUGGCAUAGUCAAGGCGUAUUACGAUUCCAAGAAGAGCUUAAGGGGCGCCAAGCUGUGCGUCGUCAAGACACACAUGAAACAGAAGCACAUCGAGAUAAUGUCCACUCAGCAGAUCAUAACGCCUCAUGCGCUUCCUCUGUUCCGCCAGGAUAGGCCCAAAUCAGUUCGCAAGCAGAUGGAGAAGGACAGGCUCGAUCCAGUGAAAUCAAGACGUCCAGAUCUGCCUAUCACUUCUGGACAGGGUGGUAGAGUAGCAUCCUCUGGAGGAACUCUCAGUUCUUAUGUCAUACGCAAUCUUGGAUUGAGCAAACGGAUAGAGGAUGAUCAGGAUCCCAGAGAAGCUAUUCUGAAGUAUGCAAAGAUAGCUGAGGAGGAACCAUACUGGAUCGCACCCGCUUACAAGAAGACACAGCCGACAACAAUUUUUCAAAGCGACGAUCAAGACAGCGGGCCGAGUAAUAAGAAACAAAAAACCUAGAUUUUUUAAUCUUAAAAAACCUAGACAUAUAUUUAU